AAGAGAAACGACGCGUGCGGAGUCCGUCAACCCACGUGGGCAGCACGAGACAUUCCAUUGGCUAUUUGUUGUGCGGUGGAGGAGGCGUGCCUGCGGGCGACUCAACACAGCACGUGUCGACCAAUCAGGCGCGGCUCCCGCGUGGAGCGAGAAAAACCGUUUGAUAACUGUCAAUCAGUGUCUUGUCAGAGUGACUUGUCAGCGCUUGUGAAUUUUUAGCGAGAAGUCGCAGGGCCUGCCUGCAAGCUUGAAGGUCACAACAUCCAGCAACGACAAAGAGGCGACGCUUCCUCGACUGCGAAAUUACUUACAUCCACAAUUGCAACCAAGCAGGUGAACCAGGAGAGAUACGUUUACAGGUCGGGUACAGCUAAUGAAAACCGCCCUGUGGUAUUUGUCGUGGAAACUAGGAUAGUUUGUGAAACGCGACUUGUCGCAUCAAGGCGUCUUGUUAAUCCGGGCCCCUCGGACACUCGAAGUGUUUCUCUUGUCACCAUUAGCAAGCGAGGCGCGUGUAGAACUUGGUGUGUUUGACGGCAGGCACGGUGACACGUUCGUUUCUGACGCGAGAAGGAGAAAUGAAGAGCUAAUGAGCUGCAAUAACAACUAAACGUGACCAUUUGGCCACAACAAAAACAGCCACAAAAUACCAUAAUUUAGGACUAAUUUGCCAGGGUGGUGUAGUACAUAUUUCAGGAGCAUCUGAAUGUUUGAAAAGACGUAGCUGCUGAAGAGUGUAUUGUGUGAGUGUGUUGCAUGUGUCUAGAGACCAGUGUGGAUAUCUUUGUGGGUCUAGAUGAUGAUUGUGUCCAUGUAAAGUAUGCUUUUCAGGUUUGAGUGUUUUGGAAGAUUUCGCCCGGGAUGACUGAGCAGCAUAUUUCAUCUACCAACUUGAUACACUACCUUUACGGACAGAACGACAGUGAGCCCGUAGACGCAAUGUCGGUAAUAUUACAGAUGAAUCAGAACCGAGAGAAAUCAGAUUCAUCACAGCAAGAUGCUCCAACUGCAGGAAACCCACUCUUGUCACUUCAACGAUUCGUUGAAGAAACUCCAACAGAUGACUCUGAUGUCCUCCCUUAUUCUCUCUCUUCAUUCCCCACAGAAUUUGGAUUAUGCAAGUCAGGAAUUCCUGGUGCUACAUUUGGAGUGUAUGCAAAGGUAAUGAUACCUCUUGGAACCUGGAUAGGCCCAUAUGAAGGCAAAGUGAGUGUUCCUCAAGCUGAAGAGGAUCAAGAUGACCAGCUAUGGGAGGUAACAGCCAUCAGUCAGUCUUCACUCAUCAGUUCUGCUAAACACAAGCACCUGCAUAUGAGGACAUAUUUUUAAAAAUCAUCUGCAUAGUCAAGUGAUCUCUUUAGCACAUGAAAAACACAUUGUCAAUAUUCUUCAUAACAGCACAACCCACAAGACUGCAUGCAUGCGUUGUUGGCUAUUGUCUGCGGGUGUUUUUCAAAAUAUUGAAACAAACUUACGCGUGUAGGUUCUACAGUGUUUGUAUGUGGUGUUGUAGGUAUUUGUAGGUGGAAGCGUGA